AUGAACAAGCUUGUCUGCCUGGUCGCUCUUCUCGCCAUCCUGGCCGUCUGCACUGAGGCCCAAUACUAUUACGGCAGCUACGGAUAUCCCUACUACGGAUACGGUGGAUAUGGCUACGGAUACGGAUACGGCUACCCCUACUACGGCGGAUACUACGUCCACCCACCAACAAUGAACUCCUCCGUCAAAGUUGUCUGCCUUGUCGCUCUUCUCUGCCUUUUCGCCCUUUCGGCUGAGGCUCAGUGGUACGGUGGAUAUUACGGCGGCUACCCAUCAUACUAUGGUGGAUACUACGGCAGCUACGGAUACCCGUAUGCCGGCUACGGCUACGGUGGAUACGGAUACGGUGGAUGGGUGAAGCGCGAGGCCGGUUUCCCGCAACAACAACCCAAGGCCGUCUCGGGACCCGACCAG